UGCGAUUGUGUGUGUACAUUGAGCUUGUUAACUCAAUAAUCAUUUGAAACGUGGAAUGCUGCGAGCACAGAAGAUCACUUUAAUUUUAGUGCACGAAUGGAAGCUUCUCUUUUCAAAGACUAAUUCCUGUGGUUUUAAAUGGUUUCAAAUGCUCCUCUUAACUCUGCAAAGUUUGAUUCACUGAAAAUAAUAUUGCGCAUCACACAUCUCUGUCAUCAUGUAUAAGUUACUCAGCGGUUUGAAGGACUACUUUAAGCGCCAGGACAUUUACACCGAUAGUGUUAUUUUCCGUCUACACAACUCCUUUACAACGGCGCUACUCUUGGCUUGUAGUUUAGUAAUCACUGCUACACAAUUUGUUGGACAACCAAUCAGUUGCAUAGUCAAUGGAAUUCCUACACACGUAGUUAAUACAUAUUGUUGGAUUUCUAGCACUUUUACCAUGCCAGACGCAUUCAGGAGAGAGGUUGGACGCGAAGUAGCCCAUCCAGGCGUUGCCAAUGAUUUCAAUGAUGAGGAUGCUAAAAAAUACUACACAUAUUACCAGUGGGUUUGCUUUGUUUUGUUCUUCCAGGCAGCGGCAUGUUAUUUACCAAAAUUCUUAUGGGAUGCCAUUGAGGGAGGUCUGAUUCGAACACUUGUAAUGGGUCUAAAUGUUGGAAUUUGUAGAGAAGAUGAAAAAUGUGCAAAGAAACAAGCUAUGAUAGGAUAUGUUUUAAAAAGAUUAAGGAGACAUAAAUUGUACGUGCUUCGAUACUUUGCCUGUGAAGCAUUGUGUUUAGUAAACAUAGUGAUUCAACUCUGGAUGAUGAAUCGAUUCUUCGAUGGUGAAUUCUUUUCUUAUGGUUGGAGAGUAAUGAAGUUUUCCGACACCCCACAAGAACAGCGUUUUGAUCCAAUGGUGUACGUCUUCCCUAGAGUAACGAAAUGUAUUUUUCAUAAAUUUGGUGCAUCUGGAAGUAUCCAAAAACACGAUUCUCUUUGCAUACUUCCAUUGAACAUAGUUAACGAGAAAACUUAUAUUUUCAUAUGGUUCUGGUUUAUAAUAUUGGCUGUAAUGCUUGUUGGGUUAGUAAUUUACAGGUUGAUGAUCAUUUUUAUGCCAUCUGUUCGAGUACAAUUGUUGAAAACAAUUAACAGAAGUGUUCCUCGAGAAGCAGCUCAAGGAAUUGCUCAGAAGACAGAUCUAGGGGAUUGGUGGGUUAUUUAUAUGCUAGGUGGCAAUUUAGAUCCUCCAAUUUUCAAAGACGUUGUAGCUGAACUCGCUAAGCAGAUUGAACCACCUAAAAGAAAUGGAAAACUUUGAUUUUUUUUCAAGCCGAUACUAGUUAUAGCAACAAGACAUAAAACUGCCAUUUUUCCAGCAACAUAUUUCAUAAAAGCACAAUGUAAACAAGCACUGCAUAGGGACGUAGCGUUACAUCGUGCUGCCAUCUGUUUUUUUUUAAGUACAAGAGUGGAAAAGUGCUGAGUCAUCGUCUAAAAAUAGACGGCGUCCUAUCUCGAAUCCCUGAAGUCGAUAAAGUAGUCGGUUUCGAUGGAGAAACGGUGGAAAACGUGGUCUAAAAAUAGCGACGCCAUCACCCUACACAGUCAUUUACAGGGUCAGUUGAUGGGCAUAAUCUGGGUGCAGAAUAGUUGUCCGCAAAGCGGCCUCAAUUUAGAACUGUCAAAGCGGAACCAAUUUACUGUUCGCAUAAUUAUACCAAGAAGUGGCAAGUAUUGUGAUCGAUCUUAAAUUUAUUUAGUCAGGAAUAAAAAAAAAUCGAUGACUAUUGAGGUAUUCGAAGUCAAAACAUCUUAAUAAGAGGUUUGAAAUCGAGUUUGGCAUAAUUCGUCGCUAAAAUUUCAUAAUCGCUAUGUCUACAAAAUCUAUGUUUAUGACGCUUUUUUAAAUGUUAGCGACGAAUUAUCAAUAACUAUCAAUAGUACUUUCCAAAUAAUAUUGGAUACUCCGAUAUUAUCACUACACAUCAAAGAUACAUAAUCUCGGAAC